AAUUUUCUAAGUUUUAUUUUUAAUCGAAAUAUCGAUUACAGUGUAAUAUAUUAAAAAAAUUUGUGAUAUAUUGUGUUUUAGUGAAAAAUGUAUAGUUUUUGCACAUAUCUCAUGUAAACGGUUCAUAUAAAUGAUAAAAAUAAUAAAAGUGUUAAAAGAAAUCUAUUUUCUAAUACUUUUUUUCUAAUUAGUUAGCGCUAAUCAAAGGUCCAAUUUAGAAAGUCAAGUUGAACCUGCGCUUUAUUAUCGUAAAAAAUAGUUUAUGUUUAAAAUGCGGACACAUAAACAAUGUAAGCGUCAUAGAUUAUCAAACUUACUGACGAGAGGACCACGCGAAUUGUCAUAUCGCUUUUUCAGCCAAACCUAGUGAGUUAUAGGUUAUCAACUAUGCUGAAUCCGAAUAUCAUAGCUGUCCACUGGCUUUCAGAAAGUGGUUUUCUGAAAAAUCAGUUUUUCAGAAACUCUAAAAAGUAACCUAAACUAUUCUUAAUGAGACAUAAUUGUAGUUCGCAGAUUUCGGAUUAAAAUGAGACAUCUCCCAGCUCUACGCGCUAUAAAAACAAAAGUUUCUAACUUCUGUGCAGAACUAACGAGGGAUGUCUAUCUAUUCGUCCACUGCAAUGCAGAGUCUUUCGGUCUCAAUGCAUAUUUCUGAUUAGCGAUUUAUCCUCUUUUCUAGCAAUGAACGUUUGAUUAUGUACAUAAGAAAUCUUCAUUUUUUUUUAAAUUUAUUUCUAGAAAAUCCAACUGACUGAUGAACGCCGUAAAAUACAACAAGAAGUUGAUGAAGUUGUCAUAAAAGCCGUCAAAGCACAUGCCGAUGGAAGAUUAUUACGUCGUUAUUUGAAAACAGGAUUUCAGUUAUGGAAUAAAGUAUUACCACACAAAUUGAAAUUUUAA